UGCGAGCCUUACUCCCGGCGAGACCUGUGGUAUAUAAAUCGUCCCGUACGAACUUGUAUACGAUUAUCUCAACCAAAUCUAAUCGACCAUUUGAAGAAACCAAGCCAAGGUCGCAAAAAUCGAUUAUCUCAUCCAAAUCUUCACAUCACUCCAGUGAAAAUUCAACCUCAGUCACAAUCAAGCAUCGAAUCGCAAGAUUCGGUGACUUACGACGGUACCCAUUCAACGACACCCUGUCCACCAAGUUACUCGCCGGCGAGUCAAAGGAGUCGAUUAUCUCAACCAAAUCUUCCAACAUUGUUGAUAUCCUAUGAACGUAGAUCUGGUGGUGGUUCACCUGAUCGUCGUAUAAGAAUGUCACAGCCGACUUUAAACUCAAGUUUCAGCGGGAUCAAUUUCUUUGGCAUGAGCCGUGGUACUCGUUUAUCGUAUACCAGUUUGAGAGCACCAUCGGGUGACAAUAGUAUUAACGAGGAGGAAAGACUUUCGACACCUAACGUCCAUCGGCUUGGUGGUAGUGCUGGGGAGAACAUAUCAUCGGGCGAUCAUCAUGGUUCAAGAUUUUCUCAACCAGACAUAAGACGUUACACUCUUCGUCAGGAUCCAACUAAACGGGAAAGAUUAUCGCAACCUACUCUUGUAUCCGGUGAUUAUUAUCCAAUACGAGGACAUGGACAACAGAGAUUAUCGCAACCGUGUUUGUCUACAAUCAGAGAUUCCGGUAUACCAACUAUGGUUUUACAAUCCCCAUCGCCACCUCCUAUCAAACACAAAAGAUUUUCACCAAUUUCUGCUGCCAGUCAUAGAGAUCGUCUAUCUCAAUUGGAUAUUGGUGGGAAAUAUAGAAACUGGAAGGAUUUGUCCAACUCUACGGUUAAAUUCAAUCGCGAUAGAUUCUCCAUACCCGAAUUAGAAACUAAAAAUGAUCUCAAAUUGAUGGCCGGUACGCCUAAACAAAGAUUCAGUCUUGAUAGUCAACUGACGCGUAAUCAGGAUAGUGGAAGAUCAAGAUUAUUACCAAUAGCUAGCUCUCCGAUUAAUGAACAUCAACAAAACAAACUCGAAGAUAUUACCAGCACAGUAAAUGCUGGUCCAAAUAAACUGAAGACUCCUACACGCGAAUGUUUGGAAAGUGUUAUUGUAGCUAGCACGACGCCUAUCUUACCACCAGGUGAAAGAAAAAUACUUGACUCAACUAUAGCUUUGAAAGGUAUAUCUCCAAUUUAUGUUCCACCAAUACCACCUGGAACAAUGUCAACGACUACGACGACAACUGCAACUAAUUUUACAACAACUGCAACAGUAACCACAAUGAAGGGUACUACUGUUUUACCUCCUAGAGAAAGAAUGUCUGUACCAGAAAUAAGAAAUUCUAGCUUACGUCGAUUGUUAGAUCCACCAACGAGACAAAGACACAGUAUAACAGGUAAUCUGAGACAAUGUUUACUUUCACCUAGCAAAGUCCAUGACAUAACAAGAAAACCCUACAAAUUUUCCAUCGAGGAAGCUUUAGAAAAAUUAAAGAAAGAAAAGGAUAAAGAAAAAGAUAAAAAUAAAAGCAAUAAUAAAGAAGAUGACAAAGAAAAAGAAAAUAUCAUAACUAACGAGCCAGACUUUGAUACAAUGCAACCCCCAAAACACAUUCAACGUCAUUAUUCUUAUACAUAUGACAUCAAAGAUGAAAGUAGUUCAAUUGGUAAGAUAUCAGUGAGUAGUAUACCAAAGAAAAAAUUUUUAGAGAGUAACUUUGAUGAGAACGAACAAGUUAUUACAACCGUUAUAGAAACUGAUGUACCAAUUAUACUAGGCACUCCUAAAUACUUUAAAAAAAUGCAAGGUUACUCUAGCGAAACACCAAAAUGGAUUAGAAAAUAUUUAGACAGUGACGGACCUAAAUUUGGUAAGAAAGGUACCACUGGUACCAACAAGGAGAGCUCCAAAUCUAGCAGAAAAGGUAGCAGAAGAAAAAGUUCUUUAGAAUCGAUAGAAGCUGAAAAAAAACCUGAGAAUAAGACUCGAUCUAAAUCUGUAAGUAGUGGUGAAAGAAGUCCGAUGACUAAGAACACAGGUAUCAGUCAAGAAUUCAUGAACAAUAUUAAAAACACUUACGUUAGAAUCGUGCCAACUAACAAUACGCAAGAGAACAGAUAUGAAAUAGCUGUAGGGUCUAGUUGGACUCAAGAUAAUGACAAUCGUGGACCAUAUAGUGGUGUUGGUGGUGAUGAUACCGAUUCGGAUGAUUCUACCUCUAUUUAAAUAUGCCAAAAAUAUCAUUAUUUUUUCCAAAUUAAGUCAAUUGGCAUUAAAAUGACUUGACAAAGAAUCUCAACAUUGUAUCGCUUGUAUCUCAUGGCUACGUUAUACAUAUAUAUAUAUAUAUAUAAUAUAUUAUAUAUUAUAUUAAACUGUAUAUUAUAUCAUAUAUUGUGUGUCAGGUCUCAGACAAUUCUACGUAUAUUAUUACGUUUUCUGAAUGUUGAAUUUGUUGAAGAAAAAAAUGAUACUAGGAUACCAAGUGACACUGAUCGGAUCGGUAGUUUAACUUUUGUUACAUUCUUUUUUUUCUUUCUUUCUUUCUUUUAUCAAAAGAUAUUUCUCUCCUUGUUACGAUAAAAUUAUUGAAUAUUUAAAAAAAAAAAAAAAAAAGGGAAAAAUUAAUAAGUAAAGUAUACUACCGUAUGUCAUUUUUGAUUGAAUUUUGUACUUAAAUCGUAUCUUCAACGCAUGAUUUAAUUAAAGGUAAUAAAGAAGCAUUAAUUUACAAUGUAUGAUUUAAUUAUUGAAUAACGAGUCAAUAUGAUAUGAAUGAAAUAAAAUAACAAAUGU